GCAUCACGAAAUGAAGCUAGAUCACGAUUCCGUAGCAGUAGUGAUAUGAUACACAGAUUGUUUGUCUGUAUCUCAGGUGUAGCUGAUCAACUUCAAACUAAUUUUGCCAGUGAUUUAAGGAAUAUAUUAAGAGCUGUAUUUGAUAUGAAUUGUUCAGAACCUUUAAUGAGUUUUGAUACCAGUCCAAGUAAAUCUGACGUUAUAUUACAUCCUGGUACUAGUACUAGCCAAUCAGAGACAAGUAUCAAUAGACGCACUGCUAGUAGCGUUCGAAGAGAACUGCGUAGACGCAGACGAAGACUUCAAGAACCACCUAAAUGGAUGCCUGAUGAUCUAAGUUUCCAUUGUAUGGCCUGUAAAAUACCAUUUACAUUUGUUAGAAGAAGACAUCAUUGUCGCAAUUGUGGAAAGAUAUUUUGUGGAAGAUGUUCUACCAAUUCUGUGCCUUUACCUCAUUUUGGUCACAUAAAACCAGUAAGAGUGUGUAAUAGAUGUUUCAUGUUUCAAGUUACCCCAUUUACAGUUCAGCAGACG